AUGUUUUCAACUCCGAACUACCAACAUGUUAAUUACAAAGACGUAUAUGAACCUAGUGAGGAUAGUUUCUUGAUGCUGGAUGCUUUGGAAAAGGAUUUUGAAUUCAUUAAAUCGUUGAAACCUACAGUAUGCUUGGAGAUAGGCUGUGGAAGUGGUGUAAUUAUAACUUUUAUCGCGUCAAUACUUGGAAAAAUUUACACUAUAUGUAUCUCAGAUGGUAUUUCUGCAGCAUGGGCUGGUGGGGAAAAUGGUAGAGAGGUCAUGGAAAAGCUGUUUCCAAGAGUGUCAGAAAUCCUCUCGAAGAACGGUGUUUUCUAUCUACUUGUUUCAAAGGAAAAUAAGCCAGAUGAAAUUGGUGAAAUCAUGGCAUCACAAGGUUUGCUGACCACCACUGUAAUGCAAAGAAAAGCAAGAAAUGAAAGCUUGAACAUUCUAAGAAUAUGUCAUAAUUAAAUCAUGUUGCAUAAAGUGGUA